AGCUACUGCUCGUCUUGGGUCUUAGAGCUAUGCUGGCAGUCAACCCACCCAAGACUGCAAAGGGCAAGCGCAUCAUCAAGGCGCGAGAGUCGAAAGCAGCCGAAGGAGCCAAAAAAUGUAUCUUUGUCAGAGGCACGUCCACCAGUCAGCUCGUCAACACCGCACUGCGGGAUCUUGGUCAAUUGAAAAAGCCAGACGGUCUACAAUUUUCAAAGCGCAACGAUGUCCAUCCGUUCGAGGACGCAAAGUCACUCGAAUUCUGGUCUCAGAAGAACGAUGCCUCGCUCUUCUGUGUCGGCCUACACUCGAAGAAACGACCGCACAACCUUGUACUCGCUCGCCUGUUCGAGCAUCAGAUACUCGAUAUGCUCGAAGUCGGCAUCGAGCACGCGCGUCCCAUCACAGACUUCCCCGGAGCAAAAGUCGCGCCAGGCUUGAAGCCGAUGUUUCAUUUCGCUGGCGAGCUCUUCGAAACCCACCCGCUCUACAUUCAAUUUCGCUCACUGCUGAUAGAUCUGUACCAGGGCGAAGUCGUGCCUGCGAUCAACAUGACCGGACUCGAUUAUGUCAUCAGCAUCUCUGCUGGUCUGCCCGGCGAUGCGCAAGUUGGAUCUGACGCGCCCAUUCAGUCUAUUGUAGAUGACGACCUGCCUACCUCGGGCACAGCGCCCUCUAUCUUGCCACUCAUACACUUCCGAGUCUACAACGUCAGGCUGCUCAAGUCAGGCCAGAGGCUGCCUCGUGUCGAACUGUCAGAGAUGGGACCGUCUUUCGAUUUCAGACUGCGACGGCAUCGUGCUCCCGUGGAAGAGCUGUGGAAGCAAGCGAUGAAGCGAGCGAAGAAGCCCGCUGCGACAAAGGCCAAGAAGAAUGUCGAUACUGACGAGAUGGGCGACAAAGUGGGCAGGAUCCACGUGGGACGACAAGAUCUCAGCAAGCUGCAAUCGCGCAAGAUGAAGGCUCUCAAACGGACGACGGCAGACGAUACUGGUGAGGGCAGCGAUGGAGCGGCAUCGGGCGGCGAAGGCGAGGAUGGUGUGAGUAUGCCUGUAGCAUCAGUCAAGAGCGCAAAGAGACGUAAGCAAGAUGAAGCUUGAUUUGCAUAGUAGUGCUUGUACAACAACAGUGUGACCUCUUUUUGCCAGAUCGCAUCACUACCUCUCCUGCCUCUUUGCCAUGGUCAUGUCCAUCUUAGGUGAAAUGACAUCCUCGAAGGUCACGCCGAGCUUGAGCAACGUGGAUCUGUCAUCAUUGCAUUAGCUAUAACCAGACGAUUCAGAGCUUGCGGGUGACCUUAGCACUCGGGGAUCGUUCAUCAAUCGUUCUCGGACUUGCUUCAGCGUUGGCGGGUUGGCAUCAAACUUCAUCGUCCAGUAGCUGUGUGAUCGAGAAAGUGUAUCAGCUACAGAGCGAUAGACAUCUUAGCCUGGCGUGACGCACUCUCCCUGUGUUUGGGCUCUCGUCUCGCCAGGCAGACUCUUUGGAUCGAUACUCUUGU